GGAUCUCUGGUGGGGUCGAUGUGUCUCUGGGUGGCUCUGGGGUCUCUCUGUGUGUACCUGGGGUCUCUCUAACCCCCCUUUCUCCCCCCUCAGUGUACCACUGGGUGGAGAUGAGGACCAAGAUGCGGCUGCUGGGGUUCCGGGGGGCGGCGGUGAAGCCCCUGAACGAGGAGGCGGCGGCCGAGCUGGGGGCGGAGCUGCUGGGGGAGGCGCUGGUCUUCGGGGUCGGGGGGCUCUGCCUCUACCUCGAGUACCUGCGGCAGGCGGGGCAGAGCCGGCGCAAGGAGGAGCACCUGGAGCAGACCCUCAGC